UGCUCAUUUUACGGAUAGGGAAAGACACUGCGCAGAUCGCGCCUCCGGACCUUCCUCCGAGAAGCCCCCUCCUCGUGCCCGCUCCCCGGGGAGCGUGACGGGGUGACUGCACGGGUCAGGCUCGGGGACGGCGGGGGCGCAGAGAGGGCGGCACCCCCAGCCGCGGGCCUCUUCCCGCCCCGCCAGAUGCUCUUUCAGCAGCAGCGUCGCCCCUCAGCGCCCUCGCCUCGCUCUGGCUCCGGUCCAGCUUGUCGGCGGCGUCCCUCGGCUGCCGGUUCCUGCCCGCAGCCCCUAUAACCCUGCCCCCGGGCCCCCAGCCUGCGCCUGCGCCUGCCCCCGGGCCCCCAGCCUGCGCCUGCCCCCGGGAUGGCUCUGGAGAGCGUGUGCAGCUGGCGGGCGCCCGAGGGCCUGCGGCCGCGCCUGCCCGGGGCCGGGGACUGGGCUCUCCCCGGGGGCCGCGCGCCCCGCGCCUUGCCGCAGCCGCAGGGCCCGGCGCUGGCCCACGGCACCACCACGCUGGCCUUCCGGUUCCGCCACGGCGUCAUUGCCGCGGCCGACACGCGCUCUUCCUGCGGCUCCUACGUGGCCUGCCCCGCUUCCCAGAAAGUCAUCCCUGUGCACCGGCACCUGGUGGGCACCACCUCGGGCACCUCCGCCGACUGCGCCACCUGGUACCGGAUUCUGCAGCGGGAGCUGCGCCUGCGGGCCCUCAGGGAGGGCCGGCUGCCCUCGGUGGCGGGCGCCGCCAAGCUGCUGGCCGCCAUGCUCUUCCGCUACCGCGGCCUGGGCCUGUGUGUGGCCACGGCUCUGGGGGGCUGGGACCAGGCCGGCCCGGCCCUCUUCUACGUCUACAGCGACGGCACCCUGCUGGCUGGCGACGUCUUCUCCGCGGGCUCCGGCUCGCCCUAUGCCUACGGGGUGCUGGACCGCGGCUACCGCUACGACAUGACCGUCCAGGAGGCCUAUUGUCUGGCUCGCCGAGCCGUGGCCCACGCCGCCCGCAGGGACGCCUACUCGGGGGGCUCCGUGGACCUGUACCACGUGAAGGAGAGCGGCUGGGAGCGCGUGUCCCGAGAGGACGCCUGCGCGCUCUACGCCGGCCCGCAGGAGGCCGGGGACCCGGGGGAGGAGGCCGCCGCCCCCACCCCUGAGCCGGCUCUGCUCUCCCCGCCGGGACCUGGGGCUCACGGAUCCAACCGCCGAGGGGCCGGGGCGCUCCCGGGGGCAAGGAAGCCCGAGAGAGGCUGGGAGGAGCGGGCAGUGUGGGGGCGGCACGCUGACCGGGGGCCAAGGGAAUGAAGACCUCCGGGACCGGCAUCUGAUUGCAUCCUCUCCAGAGCUCCCUCCCCGCUUCCCGGAAGCCUCCACCCAGACUGGACGCUGCCUGCCGGAAAACUGACCUCUGUCCUUGCCCUCCCAGCGCCCCACAGAUCCUUCAAGCCUGCUCUGAGUCCCCCCCAAGGAUGGAAACUGGGCUGCCCAGAUUCACUCUCCUCUCACCCGUUUCUCCUUGUGCGCGCUCCCACGUGUUUUCCAAGCCUUUCUACCUUUUUGUUUUCUCCACCGAGACUUCAGUGCCUUGCUGCUUCUGGCCGUUUCUCUCAGCUGCCUUUUCCCUUCCUUUGUUCUCCCCUAAUUCUGAAGGUGGGACGACUUUUGGCAGCCUCCCGGGGUUCCCCCCACCCUCCUCCAGCACUGCCCUCAGCUCCUCCCCGCCCGGUUCUUACACGGGACAUCGGGGAUGCUCGAGUCCGACCUCCGUGCAGGGGUUAAUGAAUGUCUGAGCCUCGGUGCUUCCAGCUGCACAGUUCCAUAGUUCUGCGGGGCCCUGCUCUGUCGGAGACCAGGGGUUCUCUUUGCGGGGAGGAAGGGGGACAAAUCCUGGGGCUGGGCUGCCUGGCGGCUUCCUGUAAGGGCUGUAAUCUCCAAAUUAUUAAAAUUAAACUCAACCAGUAUUUAUUAUGCACCCAACUAUGUGUGGCAGCGCCUGGGGUAGGAAAGGGAGAUGAAGAUGAACUUUUAGUUCAAAAUAGCCUUUGUUCUCAAGAAGCUUGCAAUCUACCGAUGAGAAUCUUCCUUGUCUCUACCCCAGGCUUAUUUCUGCCCCCCAUCCUUCUCUUCCUGUGGUCAGCCUUGACUGCAAGGUCUCUGGAAAGGUGACGACUUGUUUAGCGAAGCUCCUUUUUCUGACUCCAGGGCAGGGAAAGCACUGUUUGCUACUAGAAAGGCUCCAGAGACAUCAGCCCCUUCCACCACCAGCCCUUUGAGCGGAGGUUUUAAUUCUGGUUGAUUGAGGAAGGGGUAGAAAAGAGGGAAGAGGAUGUGGCACCCAACCAAACCAUGCCCUUGGAGGUCUCUGGACCUGGAGCUUUGGUUUGAGCAGACCUGCCACAGUUUGCUUUUUCUGACUCUUAAUAGACAGAUACUUUAGAGGUUUCAGGUUGGGGACACAGCCCAGGUUCUUUCCCUACACAUUUCAUUCUCACCUGGGAGGUACACAAAUACUCCAGUAUUUCUGAUCAUGCAGAUUAACUAUCCCCAUGUCCUUGGCUUCCUAAGGAGAGAUGAAAGAAGGUCUGCGGGAAGGGCAUUCACAAGAGUCUCUUUCCCCUUCCCAAAGCCACCAUCUCAGUCUUUCAGGAAAUGAAAAGACCAUGACACUAAGGAUUUCAUGAACUGCUUCCUAUCUAGAGAACAGUUUCAUUCUGGGAUAAAGUAGACCAACCACCUUGUUGUUCUACCAAGAAUAGACAUUGGUGGGGGGGGGGGGCGUGGGAAGGGGAGAGAGGAGGGGAGAGGAGAGAAACAUUUGUGUAUCACCUCAGAUUGAGGGGAACAAGAUAGAGGGGAGAGGUUGAGGUACAUUAAUAAAUAUGUGUCUCCAUCUACUCCUAUCUACUUUAAUCCUCUUCUUAUCGCAAGCCUCCACCCAAACUGGAAGUUGCCUUCUAGACUAAAUGACUUCUCUCCUUGUUCUCUGAUCGCUCCCAUAGAUCCUUCAAGCCUUUUCUCCUGCUCUGAAUCCCCCCCCCCCAACCCCAAGAAUUUAAACUGGGUUCCCUAGAUUCAUUUUCCUCCCAUUUAUUUCUCCUUUGUCCUCCUUUGGACUGUGAGACCAUCAAACUCAGGUUCAUUGGGAGUGGCUGAAUAACUUAGCGAGGGAGAUAUUUUGUUGAGGGUAGAUCUCGGGUCCUGGUUCUUGUUAUUUCUCUCCUUUCCAUUUAUCUUUCUCACUUGUCAUUAAACAAAUGACUGAAAGACAGAGACAGACGGCUAGACAGAACCAGACAGACACAGAGACACAGACAGAAACGGACAGAGAGAGCAUUUUCAGAAGAGAUUAGGUAACAUGAGAGAGUCAGAAGGGCCAGGAGAGUCCAGAGUGAUAUGUCAGAGAAGAAGUAGACAUAAUGACUCUGUGGACAGAGGGAGGAGGACCUCCAAAAUCAGGAAUGGAAUAUGGGGAGGUGGUCAAGGUAUGUUCAGGCACUAGAGCUGGAGAACAUAAGGAAAAGACAGGGAAAAGAAAUGUUUUUGCAUGUGAAACUUGGGCUGAGAAGGGCAGGUAUAUUGAUAGGGUGAUAUGUCCCAUCCCAUUUACCUUCCCUGGAGUUAUCCCGCACCUUAUCCCUUGAGAAGGUUCAGCCAGUUCACAUUUGUUGUCAGGUGGCUCUUGUGGCAUCUCCCAGGGAGGUCAAAGUAAGUGCCUUCAUUCUCCAUCCUAGUUCUUGGAUUCCUGAAACUACUCCCCAAAACUCUCUCUCUUUUCCUUUCUCUCUUCAAUUCCUUGUCCCCUAGUUUGUUCUUGCAAGUAGCAUGAGAAAACAGGUGGCACAGCAACAGAAAAAUUAGGUUUAUGGCAAAAGGAAUGGUCUCGUUGGCAUUUUACUGUCUAUCCCAGCAAGUUGACAAUUUUGACAAUUCUGAUUAUGACUUGGCAACAGAUUGUGUCUGAAAAAAAGGAUAAAUGUUAAAUCCUGUAGAGAUUUAAGCCCUGUAGAGGGCUUCAAAAAAAUCAAUUGCAAGUUCAAGUUCAAGCGGGAAGAAGUUAUGGCUAAACCAAUGAUUCCAAUGAAUAAAAUUUGGGGGUCAGGGACAGAAAGCUCGAGAUACAGUGCCUUCAGUUCUGGUUACAUGUUUCUAAAACAUUUUUUAUUGGUAAUUUUUUGUUUUCACAUCACCUACAUUUACCAUUGUAUCCCUUUCCUCUGUUCCUUCAGAGAUCUGUCCCUUAUAACAAACAAUAAAAGGAAAAAUAAAACAGCUCAGCAUAACUGAUAAAAUGAAAAAAACCUUGACAUGAGCCAUUGGUGUUCAGUACCUGUAGUUUCUCUACCUUGUCAAGGAAUGAUCACUGUCAUCAAGUUAAGAGGUCAUUAAAAGAGGGAACCAGGAAUUUUGUGAAGCUGGAGAUGGUGUCAGAGAAGACAAAGAGGGAGCAUGACAAUUAUCCUUAAUUCACAUAUUUAGAGAACUUUCAUGAGGAAGAGGGAUUAGAUUUGGUGGUGGUGGUUUUAGAGGCAAAACUAGAAGACAACGUAAAUUGUAGAAUGGCAGACUUAGGUUUUUCAUAACAGAAAACUUCCCUAAUAGUUUGGAAAUUUAAGAAUGGAAUAGGUUGCCCCAGAAGAAUAGAUUUCCUUUCAUUGGAUGUCUUCAGUCAGAAUGUUCAGAGCUGGAAGGAACAUCCUAGUCAUUAUCUCAACUUACUUCCUCAUUUUAUAGAUGAGGAAAUUAAGACUUAGGUAAAAACAAUUUUCUUCAAAUCAUGGAGAGGGCAUCUGGUAGCGCCCUUAUUCAAAUCCAGAGUUCUUUCCAUGUAUCUCAGCUCUUUUCAGGGAUAUUGUAGAGAGAAAUUCUUGUACAGAUACAAAUAGACACUAUAUUGUCUAAAUGACAUCCUUCCCUCCUCUGAGAAUCUCUGAUUCUAGGACCUUGUUCUGGCUAAGUUAUAACCAGCUUCCCAUCAAUUCUUGUUUCUGGGACUUCAACCCCCCCAAUUCUUCAAGCUUUCCCCUUCCUUUUCUUGGAACAUCUAAUUGCCAUGCUGGCCUGCUUCUUCUAUGGAUAAGUUUCUUAUGGGGCCUUCAUUUGGGACAGGGGCCCAGGUCAAUCCUUGCUUCAUAGUGCUUCCCCCUUUCUGAAAACACUAAAUCUCAAAGCUGAAUAUUUUUACCAUCUCCUCCUGCUCCUAAUUUGCGUAUUGUUUUCCACUAUUAGAAUGUAAGGGUCUUAUAAAUGCUUUUUUACCUAGGUAUAUUUCCUCCCCUCAAUUGCCUCCCUGAAGAACUACUACCUUCUUUGGGAAUCCUCUCAGGUCUGUCUGAGAGUCUAGAGGAUUUUAAUAGUCCUUUGUUACCAGAACCAAAGCUUUCCCAUAUACUUCCAGUUCAUGUCAUGUGUCAUAGGAAUGUCGAAGGAAAUUAUGGGGAAACCGGGAGAAGACGGACAGAAAGACAUGGGAAGCAAAGCAUAAGGGGAAAUGGCAGAGGAGGUUGGUGGAUGAUUAGAGUCCUUCAGAGUAAGAAAGCAGUCUGGGCUGUAGACUGGAAGUUGAAUAGCAAGCUGGAGAAGAAAAUGGCCAGUUAAAUUCAAACCUUCCUUUUGGAUAGAAUUCCAUUCUCCCAUAGCACACUUGCACCUCUCAGGGGAUGCUUUGAGAACUGUAAAGAAAGGACUGAUUUUAGGGGGAGAGGAGUAUCAGGGGAACUUCCCAGUUCUCAUGUUCAAAUUAUGUGUAUGUGUGCCUUUGUAUGUGUAUGGAAGGGAGAUAUUAUUUAUAAUCGGUGAUUGAUAAAGAGUAAAACCGAUCUGCAAUUAGGAUUGGAUUCCCCUGGGCAAUUAGCAAUACAUGUUUUUAUUGAGAGAAUACAAAAAGGACCUGGUCCUAGGUUUUAAAUGUUUAAUUAUAGUUCAAGCGUAAUAGGGUCUGUACUUAUAUUCACAUAUUUGUGGGAGUCUGUUUGCAAACUAAUAAUAGCUCACAUUCACGUAGGCCUUUAAGCUUUACAAAGGUUUACAUGGGAAGAAGGUGAUCGUCACCAGCAUUGGCUUAUGUACAUAUAAAGAUUUAAACACAAAAAUGGCAACACAGAUGGAGAGACACAUGACACACACAUAGCCCCCGCAGUCAGAGCCAUGAAAAUUGUCUCUAGAUUUUCCAUGUUCUUUCUCUUGCUCUAGAAAAGGGGAGGAAGUGAGGUCAGUUAAAGGUCCCCUUCUUUCCCAUUUUUUGACUCCUCAGUUCUGUCCUGGAGAAUUGGGGUACAGAAAAAGGACAGGGAAGAAGGAAGCUGUUUUCUAAGGAAUUCCAUGGAGUUGGUAGCCAGGAGGUCUCUCAGCUGGUAGGGGGCCAGUGUCUCAGACCUAUCCUCUGCAGAUUCUGGGUGGGGGGAGAGGGAGGAUGGGAUGGAAGAGAAACAAAGAGAGGGGCAGACACAGAAGAAUGCAAUCAUUCGCCAUCCAUGCGGAGGGUCAUUUUGGUCCUCUUCGAGCACAAAGGACAAACAAUGGGAUAAGACUAGGUGACCUCUAAAGUCCAUUUCACAACUAAGAUUCUAUGGGCAGACUCAGAUUGAGUGGGAGAGGGAGUGGGUAUGAACCCUUUCUUUCCUUUAAUUUCUCUUUUGUUCUCACCUUUCUUCUUAGGACUAUAGAUUUAGGACAGGUACUCUACCUCUCAUUUUGCAGAAGAGGAAACUGAAAUGUAAAGGGUUUUAAUGUCUUGCCCAAAGGUCACAGAGGUAACAAGAAGCAGAUUGAGAAUUUGGAUCUAGGUCCUCUUGUUUUUAGAGCCAGUUUUUGCUACUGUGCACUGUUGCCUCUCAUCCUCCUUUAUUUUCUCCUUUCUUCCCUUACACUUUUCUCCCUAACCUAUCUCUUUCUUCCUCUUUUCAGCCCUCCCUUAGCUCUUUCUCUUUUUUCUCCAGCUCACCAGUCCUUCAGAUUGGUAAGUUACUUAUGAAUCCAAUGACCAGUUCUCAAGGUGCUGAGGCUCUCGUCCACAUAUCCUUCCUGGCCUUAUUGUUAGCAAAGCAGAUGAUUAUGGGGGCAUUGGAGAGGAGAGAGUCCUAGGAGGAAGGGAAGGGCAGGCAUCUGUGUCACUGUUCCCAUUCUCCCUGCCCUGGUUCUGUAGCCAUUCCAAUGACUAGGAAGAUACCACGGACCCUCUCUGAUGGGUCAGGAUAGAGAAUCUGACUCUCCUGACCCCAUCUCAAUACAUGCUCUUUGCUGGGAGAAAAGAGCAAGGUCCAUGGGGAGUGUAAGGGAUCUCCAGAUUUUGCCAUUUCUCAUCCUAUUAUCCUUGAUUACCCUUCUCUUAAUUGGAAAAGGACUAGUGAUCAUCUCUUCUAAUCCCUUCCUUUUGCCAGACCAGGAAUAUAUAUGAUUGGAUAUUUUGUAUUGUAUAUUGUAUGUUUUCUUAUUUCCAAUUUCAUUUACUUAUCUUAUUAGAUGAGUAACCUUGAGAUCAUUUAAUCUCUUU